CCCAGAGAUGAUAAACCAGUUGGUUCUUUCCUUACUGAGUUCUUCUGUAUCUUGUGAAAACGGAUUAUCGUUGUGGAUGCUUCCUUUCUUCUUUGUGUUUGGACCGUUUAAUACUUUUAUUUUUUGUUUAUGUGUGGUGAAAUUUGAGUGAUUACGGCACUUGUUUAUUGCAGCAUAAACCAUGUCUCGGUACCGCAAAUGUGCAGUUAGAAGCUGUCAGGACAGUGUUUCAAUACGGCAGAGGUUCCUGAUCAACAAAUAUCCAACACGACUGAUGAAAUUCUUGGAAAACCAUCAACUUCAGCAUCAUCACAACAGUUGGGAGAAGUUUGCUCAGUUACCACCUCACAACCAGAAAAUCUUGAUGUAACUACAGUAGAAGGAGUGAGGAGCAUUAUUCAGAAGCAAGUUCCUCAAGGACAGAAUCUGGAUUAUUGCAUAAGGUACACGUAACCAGAGAAACCCACUUAAGUCCAAAAGCUAAAAACCUAUAUAAGAUAGCCAGUCACCUCUCUAGAGCUAACAGAAGACUAGGAUAUACAAGAAGGUUGAUUAGAAGUACCAGAAGUACAAGAGAAGUAUUAAAUGAGGCAUUGCAGCAAUUGGACAGCACUAUAGCUACUUUUAUCAAAAGCCAGAUCACACUGGCUGGUAGUAAAUCACAGGGAUGCAGAUAUAGCUUAGAAGACAAAUUGAUGGGACUUAUACUUCAUAAACAAAGUGGUAGGGGAUAUCGAGCAUUAUCAAAAAUAUUUGCUUUGCCCUCAAAAAAAACAAUAAUGCAGCUAUUAAACCCGAUUCCCAUCAAUCCAGGUGUAAAUAAUGUGAUUUUUAAAGAAGGGAAUACUUGCAUUCAAGAGUAAGUGGUAGAGUAGCCACCUGGGGAAACUUCGCCUCGCAGUGUGGAUGGAUUUCUAAAGACAUUAUUAUUAUUAUUAUUAUUAUAUUUAGCUUUGUGAGAAAAGGUGAUAUAAUUUGUAUAUGAAUGAUUGACCAUAAAAUGACUAUAAUUAU